AUGGUGUCUACAAUAGACAUCCCAGGGCUCAACAAAUACAUCCCUGCUGGGUGUCUUAAGUUAUCCGUGGUUGAUACCAAUUUAAUAUCACCCGAAUCCUGGAAAAUAUCGAAUUCACAGUCAUGGAAGUUCUUCUCUCGGCGUCUUGAUGAUAUCCCCGAGUCUGCCUGUCUUCCAAGUCAAGCACAGGAAGCGCUCCUGAAGUUACCUAUAUUGCAACCGUUUAUAGGAUCAUGGCAAAGUCGAUGGAUUCAGAUGUCUUUUAGUUUGACUUCUUGUGUCAAUAGCAGUAGCCGCAUUCGGGUUUAUAUCCUCCCACAAGAUGUUGACAGAAGCACUAUUGAUCUUCGAAAUGAGCUGAUGAGAGCAACGUCCUUACUUAUAUCCCAGCUUGACUUUUCAUUGAAAUCAUGGAAUGGAGAGGAAGAUAGUUAUGAGAAGCCAAUGCCCCAGAGCGAAGGUCUGCCUAAUGGCGAGCCCACAUCUCUCUUAACCAUGUUCAACAAUGUUCCUUCUCCCGACCCCCUCCCUGAGUUGGAAACUAAUCCCGAUACCCGAGACGGGAUGCAGUGCUUGCUAGAGAGUCAGGUUCCUGGUCUAACUACGAAGCUUUACCCCUACCAAGGCAGGUCAGCAGCACUUAUGCUUCAACGCGAAGAAAAUCCUGGCAGGAUUGUCGAUCCCCGAUUUCGAUCAGUGCUCGACCAAGAAGGACAGCCUUGGUACUUCGAUAAUGUCUCAGGCAUUGUUUUGAGAGAACCUAGAUAUUAUGAUGGAGUGCGUGGCGGGAUCCUUGCCGAAGAAAUGGGUACCGGCAAGACCCUCAUAUGUCUAGCUCUUAUUCUGUGUACGAAAAGUGAACCGACAAAGGCUCCAGAACCCUUUGUAGCUGAAGUUGCGCCCAGGUUAAAAAGUGCAAGCUUACUUGACAUGGCUGCAGCCACUGCAAACAAGAAUUCCAUAGCAUGGAAGCCCUAUUUCGAAGCAUCUGCUACUCGAUUCGGUUAUGAAUACCGGAACUGCAUCGACGCCUUGACCAGGCUGGAAAAUCGUGCAUUAUAUAAGGUACAGAACACCUUAGUAGAACCAAGAAGAAGUAACAGAACCACAUCUCGAAUUGUGCCGCCCAAAGAAGUCUAUCUGAGCCAUGCCACGCUCGUUAUUGUCCCUAACAAUCUUGUUAAACAAUGGCAGAAUGAAAUGAAGAAGCAUACGACCGGUUUAAACACACUAGUGCUUGUAGAAAAGCAAUCUAUUCCACCGGUGACUACCUUGUUAGGUUAUGAUUUGAUCAUCUUUUCCGAGAGUCGCUUCGAGUGGAUCCAGAGGGAGCGAUCAAAUAAGGAGGGGCCAACUUCAGAUAUUUAUUGUCCGCUUGAGUACAUUCGAUUUAAACGAUGUAUCAUUGACGAAGGCCACAAGUUGGGGAAUAAGAGUCGGAGCUGGAAGAGCGAUGUUAUGAGAGUCCUCGAUCGUCUUGAGAUUGCCGCCCGGUGGGUCGUCACAGGAACUCCUUCGAGAGGUCUUUAUGGUAUUGAGCAGCAGUCUUCUGAGACGAAAGAUAAGAGUAAUAAUGAGAGCACAAAAGGGAGAGUGCAGUCUACCUUACGACAAGAAAGGGAGGACCUACAGAGAAUUGGCAACCUUGCGGCAAAGUAUCUUAAGGUUCGCCCAUGGGCGAAUACGAAGGACGAGGCUGGCGAUAGUGUAGCGGAUUGGAACACGUAUAUGAUGCAUCCAGAGCAGCACGCCAAGGGCCAUAAUCGUAAAGAUUGUUUGAGGACGGCUCUCAAUUCGCUGAUCAUUCGUCAUCAGCUUCCGGAUGUCAGCACACUCCUCCCCCCAGUAGAAGAAAAGAUCGUGUUACUCGACGGCUCGUUCCAGGAUAAGCUGUCUCUAAAUCUUUUUUCGAUGAUGAUCAUUUUCAACUCAGUGCAGUCGCAGCGGACAGAUAUGGAUUACUUCUUCCACGAGAGGCAGCGUAAGAGUCUUGCCCAACUCGUUAGGAACUUAAGGCAAGCCUGCUUUUUCGGCGGGGUGUUUUACUCAGCUGAAGAUAUCGCGAAAGCAUUGGAGACCGCAGAAGGCUUUCUUGAGAAGAAGGACAUUCCUAUCAGCGGCGAAGACGAGGACCUACUGAGACAGGCAAUUGACUUCGGUAAAAUCGCUGUGAACAACCGGUUAAAAGAUGUAAGCAACACAUUCCACGCCAUGCCGUUGUAUAUCGACAACUUUCCUGGAGGUGGCGGAAAGAACUGGUCGCUUGAUGAUUCGGACGCCGGUGGCCAACCAAUUUGUACUGAUGCUGGGAUGGUACACGCACUACAGAGGUUCUUAAAUCCCUGCAUUGACGCCCCAACAUCUCUACAACUUAUGAUAGAAAGUGGUCGUCUUGAUCAACAAGGUGCGGCCGAGCGCUCUCAGGCCUUAAUGGCAGCAAUGGAUGCAUCUGGUUACGUCGCAACACAACCAAGCCAGGCUUCGGCUUUGGCGGGAAACACCGCUCUUGGGGGUGAUUAUCACGCGAUACCGAAAUCAGGUACACUAGGAAACGCAACACAGCCGGUAAUCGAGAAUGCGCAGGGAAUUGGAACAGAACUAGGGGGUCAUGUUAAGGUUGCGGAGCCUUUAGCGAAGACUAGAAUUAUCUCGACAGUUUCGGCUAAGUUGUCCUACCUCAUUGAUUCUAUCGUCAAGUACCAAGAUGAGGAGCAGAUCAUUGUUUUCUAUGACAACGAAAACAUUGCGUAUUACUUGGCUGGCAUGCUAGAAAUUCUACAGAUUCAACAUUUGAUCUAUGCAAGGGCCGGUCUCAGUGCAGACAGGCGUGCACAAUACGUUGCUACUUUUACACACAAUCCGAAGUUUCGAGUUCUUUUGAUGGAUAUAAGUCAAGCAGCAUUCGGUCUCGAUAUGCGCUCUGCGUCGCGAAUAUAUUUCAUCAGUCCAGUAUUGAAUCCUCAGGUCGAGGCGCAGGCUAUCGGAAGAGCGCGACGGAUCAGCCAGCAGAAGCCGGUGUCUGUCGAGACUCUUGUUUUACGAAAUAGUAUCGAGGAGGUCAUUAUAAAUCGCCGAAAGGAGAUGACAUAUGCCGAACAUAGCAAAGUCAAGUCGAUCUUGGACGAUAGACUUAUAUACCGAUGGAUCCUAAAUGCGAAGAUAAUACCUUUGCCUGACGAAGAAGAUGGUGUUGCCCAAACUGCGAUGUUGGAAACUCCGCAAUAUGUCUUUGGUAGAGGAUCCGGCCGCGAGCUUCAUCCUGAUGAGGGACUGAUCACAGGUAGUCCGGACGCUAAAGUAAGGUCAGAUGCCACCACAUCAAUAGGCGGGCCCGCCCCUAUACCUUUCAGGAUGAAUAAAAGCCUAAAACGAAUGCAUAGUCUGUCAUCUACGACUAGCGAAUCGCCAAGUAAGAACAGCGAUACCGAGGCACACGAACGACCACCAAAACGCAGCGCCAGAGUAGCUUUCGCAGUUUAG